GCUUUGUGGGUAGCGGCCAUCAUGAAAGAGUCUGGAAACAGAGCGAGGAUAGGGGAGAGAAUUUGGAAAGUUAAGCGGAGAGGAGAUUUCCGUCGGUAAACGUUCGUGGAGCGAGGCUUGUCACAGGCAACAGUUAAAGCUUUCGCAGCAGCUGAAUUCGAAGGAUUUGUCGAGUGGCGGAAACCGGUAAACUGUGUCAAGGAACUGCGCUGCUAAUACGCAUACAGGCCCGAGCUGCCACAAAGGGACUUUUUAAAAUAUAUAUAUAUAUAUCUAAGGGCUAGCACUGCGCUUUGUUCGGGCUGUUUGAGACACAAUCAUUCAGUGUGCUGAUCCAAAUUCUGCAACGUAAUGGAGGAGAAUUUGCACUGGAUCAAAAUGAUUUAGCAAAACAGUCCCACUGAAGAAUGAAUAUUGAAGAUAAACUCGAUCGAAUUUUUCUUAAAUGCAGCAGUAUAAAUGAAAUGCAGUCUUCCAGACCGCAAGUUGUGGUGGGCAGCAUUUCCAAUCAGCCUUCUGUACAUAUAGGAGCACAAGAAACGGUAUUAGAAGAGAGGGAGAUCUCUCAUGAAGAAAUUCUCCACCAAGAAACUGUUUUACAGGAAAGCGCCCUCCCACAGGAGGAACUUAUUUCACAUGAUGAGCUAAUGAUCCACGAAGAGACCGUUAAAAAUGAUGAUGAUGAACAAGAUGGCCAUGAACGACUCCCUCAGGAGUUAACAUAUGAGUUAAAUGUAAACGUAAAGCAGGAAAUCCAGUAUGCUGACGAAGGUGGACAACUGAAGAAGGAGAAAGGGCAACAAAAAGAACCUAUAGAUUUGCAAAAGAAAAAGAAAAGGAAACAACGAUCUCCAUCAAAGAUUCUAACAAUAAAUGAAGAUGGAUCGUUGGGAUUGAAAUGCCUGAAAUCUCAUAUCUGUGAGCACUGUAAUGCUGCUUUCCGUACCAACUACCAUUUACAAAGACAUGUUUUCAUUCACACAGGUGAAAAACCGUAUCAGUGCAGUCAAUGUAGCAUGCGUUUUAUUCAGAAGUAUUUGCUGCAGAGACAUGAAAAGAUUCAUACUGGUGAAAAACCCUUUCAAUGUGAUGAAUGUGACAUGAGAUUUAUACAGAAAUAUCAUAUGGAGAGGCAUAAACGGACUCACAGUGGAGAGAAACCAUAUCAGUGUGAAUACUGUCACCAGUAUUUCUCUAGAACUGAUCGCGUAUUAAAGCAUAAACGGAUGUGCCAUGAAAACAGAGACAAAAAACUAAAGUGUGCUUUGAAGAUGAGUGAUAUGGGUGGAAAUGAGGAUGAUCAAAGCAUUGCUCUGCUACAUAAAGAUAAUCCAAUACCACGGAAAAAGAAGCAAAAAGCAGGGGAGAAAUCAAGAUCCACUGGCCCCCUCUCUGAAAAAGAGUGCCCCUUGGAAAAGCUUGACCAGAAAAAAGAUGAGAAUGACAGUGAUUAUCCAUCGCUUUAUAGUAUUGCCUCAAAAGUGAAGGAUGAAUAUAUGGUAACUGAAUACUCUGUUGAAAUACCACAUUCAUCCAGUAGUGGCAACCCUUUGGAAAGUACAUCCAGGGACAUCCAUCCACCUAAGCUGGUCAUCAAGAAGGUGAGCAGUAAGAGGAGCCAGAAAGUCCAGCUGGAACCGAGCCAGGCAAUGCCGGCUUUAUCAACUUAUGAAGAAAAUAAAGUUACUAAAUAUACUUACGAACUGAUUGGUAAACAAGGACUGCUGGAUUCCGAAGGAAGCCAUGAUAUGGACCAGGUAGAUUCCUUACAGGAAGUUCCCAGCAAACCUAUGCAUAGCAGCAACAACUAUGAUGAUGCAAUGCAGUUUCUGAAGAAGAAACGAUAUCUGCAAGCAGCAAGUAAUAACAGCAGAGAGUAUGCCAUGAAUGUAGGCCAGAUAGCAUCUCAGCCAUCUGUGACCCAAGCCGCUGUAGCCAGUGUCAUCGAUGAAGGCGCCGCAGCGUCGAUGUUGGAUUCUCAGUCACUGAGUGUUGAAAUAAAGAACAGUCAUGAUAAAAGUGGGAUUCCUGAUGAGGUACUGCAGACUCUGCUGGAGCAUUAUUCUCAUAAGGCAAAUGGACAACAUGAAAUGCCUUUUAGUGUUGCUGAUACAGAAGUGGCCUCGAGUAUGUCGAUUAACACUUCAGAUGUAGCUGAGGUUGCACAAACCGAGAGAGUUGGUGCAAGUUCUCAGUCAGCCUCUUCGGACAAAGCCAGUAUGCUUCAUGAAUAUUCAAAAUUUCUUCAGCAAGCUUUGGAAAGAACAAGCCAGAAUGAUGCAUAUUUGCCCAGUCAGAGCCUUGCUUUUGCAACUGAAACUCCAAACCUCACCAGUCAGCCGUUGUUUUCCUCCAUGGCCUCAAUGACUAUGCAGCGUGGCUUUAGAUCGAGCAUGAAUUCACCACUGCGACCUUCUUCUGAGAAGUCCCAUUAUGGCUUAAUGGUCGGUGAGUCGCAGCACACCUUCUCUUUUUCAAAUGAAGAGGCAAACCAUAAUUCUGUCUCUGCACAAGAGUUCUUGGAUCAGAUGACUUCUCAGAAGAAGGUAGAAGCUCAGCCGGUUCACCAGGCUUACCAAAUAGGCACAUUUGAACAGACAUUCAGAUCUCAGUACCAGAAUGCAAGGUCUGGUAUAACUCCCCCGUAUAGUGCCUCCAAUGGACAAGUGAACCUGAGGGUGCGUGGGACUAGUGCAGAGUUUUCAGAGUUUCCAUUAGUCAGUGUACAGGAGGGAAGAGCUCAAAUGACUUCUUCACCAGAUGCCACAGCUAGUCAGGCCUUUGGAUAGCAAGAAAAUCUGAUCUUUGUUUUUAGUAUUAAAAAAAACAUGGGCUAGCACUUCAGAUUGACAAUUCUUGUGUUAUGUGCUGCUCUGUAUAGGAUGGCGUGCAGUAUAAACAGUAGCUAAUGCAGUUUUUGUUCAUAUAGAAGCCUUGAAAAAGGCCCAUUGAAUACCAAAACCCAUUUGUGCUGUGGUGCAGCAUUGUUAGAAAAGUUCCCUUUGCAUUUUCCAGCCAUGCACAGCAUGUCACAGGUUAUUGUUUUGUAGCAGGGCUUAACUGUUGUUUAACACUGAUGCUGCUGUUAUGCCUCACCUUGUAACAUGCCCCAAAAUAUUUUGGCACUUUUUAAAAGGAGAAAAUUAAUUAGUCACUUCUACACUUAGGGUAAAACCAAACUAAUAACUUAGUUUCUUUGGAUUUUUUUUGAAAUUAUGCACUUUUCUAAUCAGAUUUACUAAGAUUGUAAACAAAGCUAACAUUUUUUUCAUGUUUAUAUGUAGGUGAAUGCUUAAAAGGAAUUGGGACAUAAAUUUUAUCUAACAUACAUUUUUUCACAUUAGGAAGCCCAUAAAUUUGAGUGGGAGAAGAAUGAUAAACAACAAUUAUCUGUUGAACAUUCUAUUUAUACCAUGAGUUUAAAAUAUUAAAUUUUAUUUAUUUUAUAAAUGAAUGUGGGAAUUUAGUUCUUAAAGCCACAUAAAGCACAGAAGGUGCUUUAGUACUUCCCUAGGUGUGAGAUGCAGCUUUUGGUUCUCCAAGAUAUUGGAAUGCCUAUUAAAAUAUAGUUUAUGUCCCUAUUUUUAUAUGUUUUAGUAUAUAACACCUUGUGUUUCCUUGCCGAAAAUUUACCUGUUAAUUUAUAUUACAAUACCUACCCAUUUAUUAUAUAAUACCUUGUCUGCAUAACAAUAUUUUUCAAAAGUAUAUUAUACAGCAAGUACAUCACACAAGUGCAUCAUCCCACAAAUAGUUUUGUUGCCCUUUCUGUAAAUGUGAUUUUGUACAAUGUAGUGUACUGUGAUUCUAUAGCUUAAGAACACUUCUACUUUUGAAUCAGUUGAUUAAAAAUCUUUCUUCCGUAUAAUUACUAAACUGUUGUCUCAAUUGGAGAUAUAGUUGUCACCUUUUUUAUUUUCAGGCAGUAAUCAUUCCUUGUAAGCAAAAUUAUUUUAAGGCUUUGGCUUAGCAUUGUUCAGAAUUGUAGUGACCUCCAAAUGCAGUUACUUAAAGGAUUGAACUCUCUCAAAUUUACAAAGAAAUAAAUUGAUAUAUAGUUUAGUGGAAAGGUUGUUUGAAAUGAGAUGGACAACACUGGUUAAAACCCUUUUGAGAUUUGUAUGAUUUUUGGCUAUCUGGCUGAUCAGUGCAAACUUCAUUCUGUAAUGUGCUUAAGCCGAAGAUUUAAUCUUUGUAUUUUUAUAUUUAUGUCAUCUUUGUAGCAUUCAUAACAUUCUAAUAUUUACUGGUGAGAGUUUAAGUAGGAGUGCAGUGUUAAAAUAAGUUGGGAAUGAUGACCAGAGAAACUCUUAAAUAUGCUUCUAACUUUUUUUUGUAAUUUACCAAACUUGACCUAUGUAACUAACUGCACUUAAAAUUAACUUUUUAAAGUGGCAUCAUGGACAUAAAAAAUGCAAAUUCCUUAUGCCCUUGUGCAGUUUAAUUGAGGCUAAGCCAUUGUGUAGAUGUAAUAUUAUGAGCCAGUUAUAUGUAGUGGUACAUUUCAGGAAAAAAACGUAUCUUUGUUUCAGCUGUCCCCUCUCGUCACCUUAAUUCCAAACACUGAUUUUGAAAUCUAUUUGGGGAGCUGCCAUACAAGUAUUAACAUCCCAUCUUUAACCAUGACCUCCAUGAGUAGACAAUGCUUCCUUCUAUUAAUGGCAACAGAAGCAACGUACUCAUACUCGUGAGGCCGUAAGUUAAAAAUGAAAUAUAAAAUUCAGAAGUCCUUAGUCCCAAGUAGACUGUGAUGUGCUCAUCUUGGGGAUUCUUCUGUUUUCUGUCAGACACACUUAAGUCUUUAUGGACCCCAGUUUAAAACCUUGGGUAUAAAAGUUGGUUAUAAAUGUAUUUAUUUUUACUGGAUGUAGAACACUGGACCAAAUAACAAGAUGUCUUGCAGAUGUGACUACUUUGAUAAUUGGGAGUACAUUCAGCAGCCAUCAGUUUAAAGUUUAGAAACAAAUUAAGUGAUCAAUACUUUGCUUUUUCAACUUUUUAAGAUGGGCCACUCAGUAGAAAUGAGGCAGCUGUAAUUUGUUUUCGCAUGGCUACUAUUCAGAGCUCAUUGAAGCGCUGCCUAUAUGCAGCAUAUUGCUCAUGACCUUCCACUUUGCACUGAAAUGAGCAGUAAUGCUUUAAGUCAAUUCUGUACAUCUUUAGAUUCAUGCCGGCCAUAAUAAUUAACUGAGAAAACAUUUCAUGUUGUUUUUGCCCCUUUUAAAGAAGGAUCUAGAGUCGCAAUGUCUGUUGGGCUCAACGGUAUUUAGUUGAGUUCAUAAAUGAAGCUGCAUUGCUAUUUUUACUUUCCCAUCUCUGGGGAUAUUUAAACAAAAAACCUGAUAAGGUGUGCAAUGUACAUUAAAAUGUGCACUUUUUAAAAUACUUUCCUUAGAAGGUGUGAGAUGUACAUGAAAACUAUUAUCAAACUGUAAUUCAAAAUGUGUGUUUUAUAGUGCUAAGAGGCUCUUUUGUGCUAUUAAAUUCAUUUAAAUAUCUUACAUAAACACAGGUAACAUUUGAUUAUGGCCAAUGUGUAAAUGAUGAUUCUUUACAGUUGGUGGCAAUCUGUACUUGUAAUGGCUUGGGUUCUUUUUAAAUGUAUUGUAUCUUUAGUGAUUACAAAUAUGGUUUCAUUCAGUUUUCACCUUUAUGGCUCGUUUAAUUGAAACAAAUGCAUUCCAAGAAUGUAAAGUUGUAUUUAAUGCUCUGGAAUUUUUGCAUGUGCACAUUGUUUGUUUUCAUUUCGUCACCCAAUAUUUUAGCAUGAGAUGUUAACCUUUUAGAUGAUGUGUCAUAGAAAGGGUUGGGGGGGGGAGCCCUAAAGUUCGUAUUCAACAGCAAAAAUUAAUUGAAAUGUAAUGUGCUUGAGAAAGUUUUCUUCUCCCUAUAUAAUUGCAGAAGCUUUUUUUUCUUUUGGGAGAAAGGGGAUGGCAUCUUACAUUUUGGAAAAAGUUUAUGUUGAGGAUUUCUGAUGUAAGGAGAACUUGACAUACAAUUCAGUUUCAUAGCUUUAUGUAAAUAAAUGCUUCAACAAAAUAAUCUACGCUGACUUCCAGACAAUGUUGGCAGUGAGGGAUUGAAACUGCAUAUCUAUACAGAGCAGCAAAAUGGAUUAUAUACUAACGUAGGUAAAACUGCAUCACAUUUACAAAGGAGUUGCAUAGAUUUUAUGUUAUUUGCUAGCCUUUUAUACACUGAUGGACUUGCCAAGUGAUACUUUAUUCUAGUUUCUUUUAGUACACUGGUCAAUUUUGUACGUAAGCUUGCUUUUCUAUUAAUGUAGAGGCACUAACUAGAGAGAUCAAUUUUGUAGUAUAUUGUAAAAGCUAAAUUUGUUACAAAUUCUGUUGGCCACAGUUUAUGUAUGAAAACAAUUAUGCUUCCUUUGUUCAGUUCACUACUUUACAAUCAAGUUGUGCUGGAGAACUGUGUGCUUGUUAAAAGUCAAUAAAUCUCUCUUUUGUUCACCCCACAUAAACUUAUCACUUCAGUAUCUUUUACAUUAAGGGUUUUGGGGGAAUAGAUUUAUCAGUAGUAGAUAUAGAUACAAUAUUUUGCAACAUGUCAUCAAAUACUGUGUAGAUAUGUAAUAAAGUAAGUUCCUACAAAAUGCUUUAAACUGUUAUUAAAAGAUAUACAGUACUUUGUAAGCAGUGUAUUAGAGAAAUUGGAAGUAUCACAUUUUCAUCUUUAAGGAGUCUUUAAUACAUAGAUAUAAAUAAAUGUUCAGAAAUCAGUUGUUAAUUUAUAAACAAUGAUGCUGCAUAACAACAUUUGAAUUCGGGAAGUGCUGUCAUAUCUUGAAGGAUUCUGCGUGGAAGAAAAAUUUAGUGUAUAACAUUUGUGUAUAAAAUAUGCGGUGUUAUUUUCAUACAUCUUCACAUCUGUGACAUUUUUAUCACAGUGAAGAUCUGAAUGACGUUUGUUUUAGUUUCAAAAUAAAAAAAUUAAAAGUGA